AUGAAUGAAAGAAGUAGAAGAAGAGAAGAAGAAAUGAGUCAGCAGCAACAACAACAACAACAGAGAGCUACUGGAGGAGUACCAGUGGAUCUUUCAGCGAUGACACCAGAAGAGAGAACUAAAUACUCACUGUUGAGAGCACCUGACUAUCAUGGUACAGACGAUAAAGUUCUAUCGACUUCUAGAUCGCAAUGCUGGAGUGCUCGUGAUAAAUACUUUGCUUGUCUCGAUGCAAACAAUGAGAAUCAAUCGAUAUGUAAACAGUUUUAUGAUGAAUUUAGUAGUUCUUGUUUGAGUAGUUGGAAAGAAUAUUUUAUAAAGAAAAGAUUAAUUGAGAAACAAAAGAGUGAAAUGUUAGAUAGUAGUACAAAACAAUAA